AUGAGUUCGGAGGUUAUUAAGCGGGCAAAUCCUGCCGACGAUUAUGAGCUCUUACAACGGGUUGGUUCUGGCACUUAUGGUGAAGUUUACAAAGCCCGUCACAUAAGGAGUGGAGAGCUGUCGGCAGUGAAAGUGGUCAAACUAGAAGCGGGUGAUAACUUCACCAUCAUUCAGCAGGAAAUUCUUAUGAUUCGAGAAUGCUCACACCCAAAUAUUAUUGCCUACCACGGGAGUUAUUUACGUCGUGACAGGUUGUGGAUUGUGAUGGAGUACUGUGGAGGGGGAUCUCUUCAGGACAUUUACCAUAUGACUGGCCCACUUUCUGAGCUUCAAAUUGCCUUCGUCUGUCGUGAAACUCUAAAAGGUCUCGACUAUCUUCAUAAAAUGGGGAAGGUUCAUCGUGAUAUCAAAGGCGCAAACAUUCUUCUGACACACGGGGGUGACGUGAAGCUUGCUGACUUUGGCGUGGCGGCUCAAAUAACUGCAACUAUAGGGAAGCGAAAGUCUUUCAUAGGGACACCUUAUUGGAUGGCUCCUGAAGUAGCGUGUGUGGAAAGGCGAGGUGGCUAUGGAGUCCAGUGUGAUGUUUGGGCAGUUGGGAUCACAGCUAUUGAGUUAGCAGAAUGUCAGCCACCAUCCUUUGAUCUUCAUCCAAUGCAGGUGCUGUAUCUUAUGACCAAGAGUAGUUAUAAGCCACCACAUCUGAAGGAGAAGCACCGGUGGUCACCAUUGUUUCAUGACUUUGUUCGCCAGUGUCUCACUCGAAAUCCGAAAAAACGACCGGCACCUGAUAAACUUUUAGCGACACACCAUUUCGUUUUGGGCUCUCUUAGUUCAAGAAUGACAAGAGACCUUCUUGACAAGGUGAAUAAUGGUUCUUCCGCUCGACUAGUUCAGCGCUGCAGUGAAGAGGGAGACAGGGAUAGUGGCGACGAGGAUGAGGAAGAGCUUCGACCGCAUAGUGUGCCACCUUUGCGAGUUGGCCUUCCUGAUCGUCUUGAAGGUCUUCGCUUAGGUGGAGCAUUGAGUCGCAGCAGUCGCGACGCAACCCCUUCGACUCCUUCGUCGUGUUCACUCUCGUCUCAUGGUGGUGCAUUCCAUUCGGACCGAACUCUCCCUGCAAGGGAUUUGCCUCCACUACCUGACGUAGUAUCUGGUGAUGCAUUACUACACGAUGGAAAUGGUGUCAUUGAAGACGAUUGUGGAACACUUUUAGCACCACGAGCACCUCCUCGAACGCUGCGAGCAACAAGGAAUGCAAUGGUUCGCUCGUCAUCGCUUGAAAACAAUGAUUCAAUCCGUUUACGGCCUGGUGCUAUCGAAGAUGUUGAGCGGCCAAAAACUUAUUUUGGAAUGCCGGUUACGCCAAAGGUUGUUAUGGGUGCUUGCUUUACCAAGAUGGUCCAUGAGUGUAGUCUGCGAAUCAAUUGUGCUUGUUCUUGGGUUCAUCCAGGCAGCGGUGCUCAGUUUCUCCUUCUCGGUUGCGAAGAAGGUAUUUAUGCCGUGGAUACGAACAAAUUACAUGAUGGAGAAUUAUCGAAGUUUCAUCAUCGCCGUUGUUCGUGGCUUUAUGUACAUCGGGAUGUUUUGAUGGCCAUGCAAGGCCGGAACUCUUAUCUAUAUAGGCAUGAUUUGGUUGCGCUCUCACAGAAAAAUCUGACCUUACGUAUAAGUAAGCCCAUCAAUAGAGUACCGGAGAAAUAUAUUCCUAAAAAGCUUGCCAUCAGUGUUCGACUGCCUGAGACCAAAGGUGCCCUUCAAUGCACAACAUCGCAUGGUGACGGUCCUCAGGCUGGAGCUGUAUUUCUGUGUUGUUGCAUCCCUUCUGCAGUUUUGUUAUUCCAGUGGUACGAGCCGUUAAAUAAGUUUUUGUUGGUGAGAUCGACAGAGCUUGAUACUGCAACGCGUUUCCCACUCAGUCCUUUCAAACUGAUUAAUACACGCACUGAUUUUCCACAGCUAUGUAUUGGUGUUCAAAAAACUGACUCAAUCGAUAAGUAUGAAUUUAACUGGAUUAAAUUCGAGGAUAGAAAGGUCGUAAACCUGACUCCAGAUGUCACUCAGUGUUGUGGUACUAAACUUGAUGUCGUGUCAAUGUGUCAAAUUGGGAAGGAUUCCGUCUUGUUCGCUCACCGCAAUAAGGUUGUGAUCACUAACUUAGAGGGCUGUGAGAAAACAAAGCUAGCUGUUUUCACGUUCAACUUUCUCAUUGAAUAUGUCCACUGCAUGCCGGACUCGAUAUUAGCGUUCCACUCGCAUGGCGUUCAGGGGAGGUGCUUAACCAACAACACAGUAACGCAAGAUAUAUCGGACAUGUCAAAGAUCUACCGUGUCAUUGGGAAUGAUAGAGUGAUUGUGUUGAAAUCGCAUCCGCUAUGCAGCUGUGAGAAGAGCGACGUCUGCCUGUUAACUGGUCAUGAAGCUACACCCAUUGAAUGA